AAUCUGUUUGUAGUUGCUCCUUCACUUGUCCUCGUUCACUUUUGCUUUGCGCCUGUCUGCAUUGCCUGCAAGCGCAAAGUUAUGAGUGAAAGCGGGCGUUGAUAUGUGAAAUCGCCGCUACCGCUAUCAUUGUGGAGCUACACGUUCUGAGCAAAGUUUGUUCACUGUCAACAUCGGCAGCCCACCCAUGUCUCAGAUGAUUAUCUUUUUAAAAAGGAUGUGAAAGGCACAGCCGGCGGGUGCCACCUGGAGCAUGGCUCCUGGCGGCUGAGCCAUGCUGCUAGAAAGCCUAAGUGUCGUGUCUCCCUGGUGCCAUGCCAGCCAGAUCAGCAUUCGACGAUGCAUGCUCGGGGCACUGCUCCUUGGCUUCAGCUCUCUUCUCUUAUCUGUCUACUUCAUCAACCACAACUCGCUCCGUGUUUUUCUGCGGUCGCACCCGCCACCACGCCCCACCUUCCAGUGUCGCUCGCAGCUCGAUGGCAGUGGGCCUCACGAACAGAGUGCUGCCAAUGUACAUGCAUCCAGUGCACAGCUUCGCCUUGAUCCUCGCGUUCUGGUGUUUGUUGAAACUCAAUUCUCAAAGCUGGGUAAGCAGAUCUGUGAAAUUCUUGAGGGAAGUCGCUUUCGCUUCAAGGUGGAGACAACGGGCAAGACGCUGCCGGUGCUUACAAAUCUGGACAAGGGCAAGUUUGCUGUGAUCGUAUUUGAGAACUUUGAAAAGUACCUUGCCAUGCACAAGUGGAAUAGAGAGCUCAUUGACAAAUACUGCCGGGAGUACAGUGUUGGCAUCAUUGGCUUCAUUCGACCGCGUGAGGACACCUAUACAGGUGCUCAACUUUCCGGUCUUCCUCUGUACAUGCACACAAACAUGGCCCUGAAAGACUACCAGCUGAACCCUCUGUCAUCCAUAUUGAGAAUUGCUCGGGCUGGAGAAACAUUUUCUGGCAACUUACCUGGUGAAGAUUGGACAGUGUUUCAGCCGAACCAUUCUACUUUUGUUCCCUUGGCAAAAGCUAGGUCACAGCAUGACGAUAUUGCUGAUGGCAAUGGGCCACACACUACAGUUGUACAGGAUAUAGGAAAAUUCGAUGGCAUACAGAGGGUUAUUUUUGGAAAUGGCUUUGGCUUCUGGUUACACAAAUUGCUAUUCUUGGAUUCAAUUUCCUUCCUUUCUCAUGGCAAGUUGAGUUUGCCUUUGCAACGUUAUCUCCUCAUAGACAUUGAUGACAUCUUUGUGGCUGAGCGUGGCAGCCGCAUGAUGACUCACGAUGUGCAGGCACUACUUGAUGCACAGCUACAGUUCCGAAAACUGAUUCAUGGCUUCCGCUUCAAUCUGGGCUUUUCUGGCAAAUUUUACCAUCGUGGUUCACACGAAGAAAAUAAAGGAGAUGACAUGCUGCUCUCUCAUGCCCAUGAAUUUUGGUGGUUUUGUCACAUGUGGAGCCAUAGUCAGCCUCAUCUUUAUGAUAAUGUGACGCUACUGGAGACUGAAAUGAGGCUAAAUCGAGAAUUCGCUAAGAACCACCGUAUCCAGACAGACUCUGGAUAUUCAGUUGCACCUCACCAUUCUGGUGUGUAUCCUGUUCAUGAGCCCUUGUAUGAUGCCUGGAAAAAGGUUUGGAACAUACGUGUAACCAGCACUGAAGAGUACCCACACCUUAGGCCAGCUAGACUGCGUCGGGGAUUCGUCCACCGUAAUAUAAUGGUACUGCCAAGACAGACAUGUGGCCUUUAUACUCAUACCAUCUUCCUUGAGCGAUAUCCAGGUGGUAGAGAAAAAUUGGACAGAAGCAUUCAUGGUGGUGACCUUUUCUACUUGUUUGUUUACAAUCCGAUCAACAUCUUUAUGACCCACCUGUCCAACUAUGGAAAUGACCGUCUCUCUUUGUACACCUUUGAGUCUGUCUUGAAGUUCAUUAAAUGUUGGACUAACUUGAAGUUGAGCACUAUUCCACCUCUUCAGCUGGCAGAGAAGUAUUUCCAGAUGUACCCCGAUGAAGCUGACCCUAUCUGGAUGAAUCCUUGUGAAGACAAACGCCAUCUGUCAAUCUGGUCAUCGAGCAAGUCGUGUGAACAACUGCCGAAAUUUCUAGUCAUUGGUCCUCAGAAAACUGGCACAACUGCGCUCUAUAGUUUCCUGACCUUGCAUCCAACAAUAGCAAGCAAUCACCCCAGCCCAGACACAUUUGAAGAAGUACAGUUCUUCAAUGGGAAAAACUACUACAGGGGUCUUGACUGGUAUCAAAGCUUCUUCCCAGCACCUAGAAAUGGAAGCGCACCAUUUCUUUUUGAAAAGAGUGCAAACUACUUUGAUGGGGAGCUGGUACCACAGCGUGCCCAUGCUCUCCUGCCUCGUGCCAAGCUUGUUACCAUCCUCAUCAGCCCCACAAAGCGGGCUUAUUCCUGGUAUCAGCAUCAGCGGUCCCAUGGUGACGCAGUUGCCCUCAACUUUACCUUCUAUGAUGUUAUCACAGCUAAUGACCUCUCACCCAAGCCUCUGCGAGAGUUACGCAAUCGGUGUCUCAACCCCGGUCUUUACGCACAGCACCUAGAACGUUGGCUCAGCUUCUACCCACCACAACAGCUUAUGAUUAUUGAUGGAGAAGAACUAAAGUCUGAUCCAGUGCGAGCUAUGAACAAGCUCCAAACAUUCCUUGCCAUCACCCCUUUCUUCGAUUACAGUGGAUCACUGAGGUUUGACCCCCACAAAGGCUUCUUCUGCAAGGUGCUUUCCCAGAAUAACCGCACCAAGUGCUUAGGGCAGGGCAAAGGGCGCCUCUAUCCACCCAUGGAAAUAAGGGCUGAGAAGUUCCUCAAGGCUUACUACCUGUCGCACAACGUAGCCCUCUCCAAACUAUUCAACAACCUCAGGCAACCUCAGCCCCAUUGGCUCAAGGAAGACCUUUCACGGGGAUGAGUCUGCUUGUUUCUUUCAUUUUUUUUGUGCCCCUAUUAAAGGGCAUCAGACAUCAGGCUCUUCCGUUUGGCAUAGCGAUGUGUCGUGGAUCACUGUGCCACAGUACUUCUUGUGCCCGCAAGGCUGAUAGCCUUGUGGAAAUCAAUAGAAACAAGGUACAUAGUCUAUUGUGCUCUAUGUGAUCUUGACACUAGCAGGGAAUAAUCAUGACUCUGUGUAAGCGACACUUCUAUAUAAAAAUUUUUUUGUGAAAUAGACCAGAAUCAGGGUCAUAAUCUAUGACCAUUCGCCACGUGGUCUUUUUGAAAUAAAUAAAGAGAGCACAUAAUUGUUCAGUAUUUUUGGUAGAGAUCAAGAAAAAAGUGGAGAAAUGGCUUCUUUAAUGACUCAACGUUGGUGAGGUCGAGGAGCAGGUGCUAGAAUCGGUGAAAACUUAAGCCUGCAUCUCCUCUUUGUACGAUUCCUUUUUUUUUGUAUUAGUUUAACAUUUGAUUUGAGCUUUACACACAUUGCUUAUAUUUAUGCCAAGCAAGAUUUGCAUAUAUAAGUUAAAACAGUUUAGUGCCUAGAGUAAUGAAAGUUUUUUUUUUUUUUUCAAAUCUCUGUGUUUCUGCAUUUUACAAGGUUUUGUAUAGGUAUCAUGUACUGAAAUGUGUUUACGGGCUUGCCAUUAGGAGCAGGGGUGUCCACAUCAGCCUAAAUGUGGUGCACUCGCCCCUCUCUUAUGAAAAGAACUGCUGAUGCUACUUUCCAAAGGCCUUGUGACCAGCAGCGCCUGGGGAAACAUCGAUGUUGUCUGUACCGCUGUGCUGUGUGCUCCAUUUGUAAAAGCUGUGCAAUUAGGGCAAAUGAUUGUUGCUGAUCAUUUUUGGGUUCGUGCCAUGUGUCCUGAAGUGUCAUUCUCUUUGCAGACAUUUUACAUACAUAGUGGGAAAGCACCUUCACUCACUGUGUGUUCAUCUUCUGCCAUAGUUGACCUGUUUAGCAAGCUUGCCAUUUCAGAUCAUAUUUAGUAGUUCAAUGGUGUUGGGCUCCUAGAUACAGGACAUCUGGAGCAGCUUGCUGUCUCCCUGUUUGUUUUUCUUUCUUUUGCUGUUAGUGUACAUUUAUACUCAGUUUAUAGAAGCUGUUGUCUUUUAGCAUCAGACUGAGUUAAGUAAUGUGGAGUUAAAAAACCUUGACAAAAAAUCAACUUCAUUCACUUAUGUGGAUAUUGUAAUAACCUGAAAACAGUUCUAGGCAGCCCAUUUAUUUUUAUAACACACUAUGGGCAUAUUUCAAUAGUCAAUUUUUUAUCUGUGCAUCAGUUUGAAAAAAUGUACAUGAAAAAAGAUGUCUAGCUUGUAGUUUAUAUAUGUAAAUAUUUUUCUAUGUUGCUCUAGUUUUUUGUAGAAACAUUUGCGAGCAUUUUUCUGAAGAAGCUGUCUUUUUUCUAGUUUUACAUUUUACCCAAUUAACACACUCCAAAGAUGUAUGCAUUGCACAGCUCUCUGCAGCAAUAUUGUAGAUAAUGAAUGGCUCGCUUUUUUGUUGCUAUUCAUUUCAGAAUCAGAAGCUAUUUGAAGCUUCGUGCUUUAUUGAGCACAAUACAGUUGAAAGUUGUUCACAUUGGAAUGCAAAUGAAGUCAUUCGAGGUACACUAGUAGAACCUUGCUGCUAUAUUUCAACGGAAGAUGUAAUAGAAUUUUCUUAGCUAAGCAUGUUUUUUUUAAGCCACUUAGGCAACUAAAUGUGCCAGAAGCCCAUGACGAACACAUUUAAUGGUGUUUUUUUUUUUUUGCUUGUUCGAAAUUUCGGUACUCUUUCUGCAGACAUAUGUUAUGGCUUUUUGAAAAGAGAGCUUUUCAUCACAAGCACCACGAAUCUGUUCUACUUUCUACACAUGUGGGAAACACUAAAGCUCAACAAAUCCUGCAACGGCCUGAGGAAAAAUCACUGGUCCAGUUGCUUCUUUCUGGCCACUGUUAUUGCUGUUAAAACUUCAUCUCCUUGCAUUUUAACAUUUCUGCCUCCCUUAAAGUCAUGCAUUUGGGUGUCGCCAAUUUUCAUAUAAUUGAGCACACUUAUGCUGCUUUGUGAUAGACGAUAUGUGCAAGAGGCUUUUUCACACUGGCCUUUAAAACUAUGUUUGAGAGAAUUGUUACACUUGGGUUGGGGAUUGUUUCAUGGUCAAAUAAAGCAUGCAGGUAUUUUAUGCUAAAACACUAAAUCUUCAGGUUCACUUAGCUGUGUUUAUAUUUUGGUCGACAGGAAAUUACUAUUUUUCUAAAAUUUCAGAUAUAUGACAGACUUUUGCACAUAAUGUAGUAUGUAUUAUAAUUUUUUUAAAGAAUUAAUUACCAUAACUUCUAAUAAACUAUUAAUAAAUAAUUUUAAAAAAUGGUUAUAAAAACAAUAUCUUCGUAGCCUCUUCUAGAUAUAAACUACAAAAAUUUGUAUAUCACCGUUUAGUGAAAUUCUGGGAAUUGUGUUGCCAGGAUCAUAGCUAGUGGUAAGAAAAAAUGACAAUAAAAAUAGUAACUAUUUUUAGAUAUCUCAAUUACUUAUUAUGCACCUGUGAACUUUUAAAUUUACAUGUAGUAUUAGCAAGGUUCUACUUUUGCUAUACAGAACUUUGAAAAUUUAAUAACAUGUGCAUUAGAGUUAGUGUCAUGCAUCUUAACUACUUAAAUGGAGUUGUGGAAAACAAUAGUCAUGUAGACGUAUCUUUUUUUAUUUACCUUUGUGUCAGUAACCUUGUUUGUCUGUUGUUUACGCUUCAAGUUGGUCUUAUAACGCACAUUUAGAAGUCCCAUAGCUUUUUAGAGCUCUGGGGCGGUGUUGGGGUUAUUUAUCACUUGUUUUGCUCCUGCUUGUACCUAGUACACGGGCAUUGACGCACAGAUAGCACCAGUAGCUUAUUUACUGGUUGUACCAUCGCACAAUUUAAUUUAUUAUAGCAAGCGAGAAUAGCUGUGUAAGCUAAAGUUUAGGUUGUUGCAAAGCAGCAAAACUAUUGCUUUUUAUUGAAUCAUGGAGACGAAACACACUGCAUUUGUGAAAGCAAUAAAGAUGAAGACUUGAUGAUAGGCUAGAAGGCAUGAAUGAUGUGAUUUCAUCUACAGUUUAGAAUACACAGUUUUAAUGUUGCAAUGUUUUUUCAAGACUGGUAUGUCAUACCUAUCUUUCUUUGAUGCAUAGCUGUUAUUUUUUUAUACUUUUGCUGUUUCAUAUAAUCGUAGGUACACUUUUGUGCACUGUAAUUAGAAUUUAAUUAGAGAAAAAGUUCUCCAGACAUUUUUUAGAGGACUUGAUUGUGGAACGAGAGGGCUCUGUUUAUAUAACACAUAUCAACAUCUACAAUUGUCUUCACUUCUCUCGCUGUGUUUUCUUUACUGAAAUGAACAGUUUAGAGUUAGAAAACUGUCUCAAAUCUUGAUACACAUAUGUGGCAUAAAAAAAUUCUGCUGCAACAAAGUCGAAUAUCUUUCUUUCAUUUUUGUUGUAAUUACAAGUGAAAUUUAUUGUGCACUGCAAUUACCAAUAGAGUUACAUACUUUGUGAUAAGAGACAGAAUGUGCUACAUUUGCUGGCUACGUUGAUCGAAAUUCGUUGUAGGGUGGCAUUUUCUGGAAUUUCAGUGUAAUAUACUGUUUUCUGGCAAGUUAACACACCUGGGCCUCUCAAGUUUGGUUGGAUUAUAAUUUUGUCGGGCUGAGAAAAUUUGUUAAAGAGGCAACUGACUCAUUAUUACUUGCAGAAACUGUUCGCAGAUGUCCAAGAAGCAUUUCAAAUGUGGACUUACCUUAGUGCUGUCUCCCGUGGGAUUAGGGGAGAUGAUGAUGGCAAACAAUUUUCGCAUAGUCGAUGAGUACCACUUUGUUUCUUUCUUUUGCCAUUAAUUUUAAGGUGAUUUAAAACAACUAUAGGGACCUGUAACAUAGCGACGUAUGUUUUUUUGUAGUAGGGCCAGUGAUGUGAUAGCCAACAUUUGCUGAAAUUUUCAAAUACAGUACAUCAUUUUCGAUUCAUAUACAGUCAAACCUCUUUGUAAGAGACACUGAUAUAAGAGACAAAUGGGUUUAAGAAACGCCACUGUGCCUACAGUAAAAAACAGGUUGAUAAGAAAAUGCAUAUGAGGUACCCUGCUUAUAAGACACAUCUUGUAUACAAAACAAGAAUUGCUGCUCGGAGUAUGCCUUUUAUAAAGGGGUUUAACUGUAUGAGCUGGCUGCCCUUCGCUGCUUGUAUUUCCCCUGGCAUACUCUGCACUUGAUUUACUGGCGCUUCAAUCAACAGUGAACAUAGAACAGCUGGUGGAAUUUUCGCACAUGCUAUUACAUUGCAGAGAACCCAUGUGAUUAGUUCUUUGACAUAGAGCUUCCCAUCUAAUGUUGAAAAAAAAAAAAGCAAACACACACACUACUGUUGAGCAGCUGUUGCUGUAGUCUGAGACAGCUCAAGAAUUUAAGGGGAGCAAUGAGGUUCUUGUGCAGAGCAUAUUGGGCUCUCCACAUGCUCUACAUGUGCGUAGUUUUCAGAAAACGGCCCUGCUAUGCUCCUGCGCGGUAAGAGUUACUAUACUAGAUUGUAACAAAGUUCCAGUCAGAGUUCCAUGUCUAAAUGCACCAUGAAGUGGCACGGUGAGCCACUUGGCUGAUCAGCAGGUGGCCUUGCUUGUGUACUGAACACUUGUGGUGCCAUAUGUCAAACCAUUCAUUAGCCGCACAAGAUAUUGUUAUUACUUCUGCAUGGACCUUCUGCCAGUGUGGUAUAUAUUGGAUAAAGAUGGACAUUAUAAUAAUCUCCAUCGGAAAUGUGUACCUCGUACAUAUUUCGGACAAGAAAGGGCAUGUAUGCAUGUACACACUUGUUCACUGUUAAGUGGUCGCAUAGAGCUGCAGCAGCUUUGUGAAAGCUUUUAAGCCUGAAAAUUUCAGUGUUGUGAAAGGUUUGAUUUAUGGCACAUAUGCCGACAUGAAAAGAGAAAAAACUUUUUUGAUGGGUAUAUAUUUUGUGUGUUACUUAAUAGACCCCUGACACCAAAAUACAGACCUCAAGAUGUUCAGGUUGUUCGAUUGCCCAGUAUAUGAGAGCCCUGCCGACCGUUUAUUAAAGGGGGACAUAAGUCUUAAAAUAUUUAAAAUUUGUUUUAAAGUAAGCGUGAAUGCUCAUCUGAGUGUGCAGCACCUCACUAAAUCGCCAUUGGUAAACAUGUAGGUCGAAACCCCUUGUGAUGUUCCACUAGUCAAGUGUGUAUUGUCAACGCCACAGAAAAUUUGCAGGGCACACACAUACCAUGACUGGCACCUGGUCAGGGCUAUUGUUUCUCACUUCUUUCACUCUGUUGCUGGGCUGCUUAGGCCAGAAAUGCUUUUUAUUUUCUUAGGGGACACGAGAUAACAGGCUUAACAUAUUGAAGUACCUACAUAGUUUCAUUCUUUACUGCGCACAGGGUGCCAGUUUGAAAACUGCACGUUUUCAACGACACCAAAGCUUGAGUGCACAUGGUUUCAGGCACUCCCCCACUGUUGGGCUCUAGUUUAUGUGUUUAGGUGGGCAUGUCAAAAUGAUGCAAAAUUGGUCACAAUUAACGAUGUUGGCAAUAAUUUGGGACCAAAUCAGUCUCUUCCCCAGAGGGUGACUGCGUUGGUCAUGGCAGCAUUGACUGCAUCUUCUUAGAAACGGCACGGCGUUGCUCCCAUGACCAACACAACACAGUCUCGCCCCCUACGGAAGAGUCUGCAUCGGUCCAAAAACAAGCUAUCUACGAACUUGGCUGGAGUCAUUUCAACUUUCUUAAUUUUCUACCGAGCCAGACAGAUGCCCGUCAGAAAUGCUUACAUUCAAAGCUACAAAUUACAGUAAAGUUGCAAACAAAAUUUUGCUGUCAGAGUUCUUUAGGUCAGUUUGGCUGACUGAUGACUUAAUGCCAAUUUCCUUUGAGGCUUAUUUGCCAAUGAAUUUUUAGUGUACCACUCAUCACAAGCUUUUUAUCGUUUACCAUUUUACCACUCCUAGAAAGCAAAAUGGGCACCCUGUGUGCUUUGAAAAAUGUCAUCCAAAAAACCUUGAUUAGUGGGAAUUGAAAGGAGGUAAUUUCAGCCUUUCGACCAUGCAGCAGAAACUUAAUGAGAAGUUGUCCUAAAUUGAGACAGUUUUCUUUCUCAGUGUUUCUAUCUGUGACGAGUGUUUGUUUAACAUUUGACAAAUGUUAUCCAUUCAGUUGAUUUUCACAUUUCUAGUAUAUCUUAGGAUCUUGACAAUUUAUGUUAUUGUAAGCGAUGUAUCACUUUUUUUGUGCUUUUACAAAAUGUAAUUUUCUACAGUCCUGUUUGGCAGAUGAAUUGUUCCAAUAAGGUUUUGUUUAUUUCUAAUAUUGUUUUCAUAGUUGAACCAGGAAGCCACACUCCACAGCUCUACAAAUAAACUCUUAGCCUGUGGAUUUUGCUCACAUACCUGAUAAGAUGCAUGGAUAGGCUGGGCUAUUGUACACAAUAACUGUACCUUCACACUAUUGCAAAUGUGCCAUACUGAGUGAUGUAUAUUAUGCAUGGUAUGCUUUCUUUCCUUCUUUCUCAUGAGAGCUGGGCAUAGUGUCGCAAGGGGUUUCAUGUUAUUUAACUGUAUAGCUUUAAUGUGAAUGGCAGCAAACUAAGUGGUGUGCUGGGAUUAUUCAAUUUUCCAGCAGCUAGUGCCUGAAGGCGUGAAUCCAGUCUUCUGCCUCUUUUGAGCGAGCAUGUUGGCAACAUGGCAUGCGCAGUGCUAUCAGUGAUGGUGCGUAUAAUUUGCUAAUAAACAGAUGCAAGGAAUCGCAGCUCAUUGCCCUUAAUGGCAAGGCAAAAGCGAUAUGCUGCAUCUUCCUGCUGGGUGCGCUGAUGACCCCGCAUUCACCAACAAACCACUAGUCUUUCAGGGUGACAUUUGCGACAGAAGUGCCAUGCAUUGAACUGCCAGUGAAGCUGUUUUAUGUGCCUCAUCUUUUGCCCUUCCUCUGUGACGCCCUCCUCCUGUGUACCAAGUCCUGUCUGUUCUUGACUUGUGAUGCUGUCAGUCAAUCGGGAUGUCCACAGGACCAUUACUUCGUCUAGCUUCACAUUGUUUUAUUAUUUUAUUGCAUGGUGCUAGCACAAGCUCUUUGUAUUGAGAACUCGAGGCAAUAGGAAUUCUUUGUGUUAAUUUUAAUGCAUGUUGUUUGCUGCUUAUUGCAGAAGUGUUUGUAAUGGAAAAUGUUGUUUCUUUUCUUUUUCUUUUCAGGCAGAGUGAUAAAUUAAUACUUGGUGAUUUCUGUUUGUCUGUCUCAGGGUAGAUUGUGCAGCUUAAUAGAAUUUGUGUUACCUUACUACUAUUAUCAGAGUCCUUCAAUACUUUCACUGGUCAUGAAGCUUCGGCGAAAGUUCGAUAUAGAAACAGGAGCAACCACUAGGAGCGCCCUCGCCCACGACAGGGCAUCGGAGCGGCCGCUGCGCUGCAAUCGUACGGCACGUGACAGAGCUGUGAAACAUUAUUAAAAGGCCAGUCAAGAGGCUCCGACUUUUUUUUUACACCCCCCAAACAAGCUCGCGCAUCUUUCCUACGCUUGAACAACUUCUUUCCAUGCGCAGUGACUUUAACUCGGCGAUCGGUGACGUGAUGCAGCACGCAGCUCAUCGAUUGGUCUAAACCAGGUCUCAACAAACAGUAAUGAAGUCAACGUCGCCGUUUGCCCAGUUGACAUCACUGCCCGUGGAAGAAAUUUGGUCAAGCGUAGGAAGGAUGCGUGAGCCUAUUUGGCAGUGUAAAAAAAAAAAAGUCGGAGCCUUUUGACUGGCCCUUUAAAUGCAGCUGUGAAGGUUGAAUACAUCUUCAAAGUGACAUGAGCUUCAAGGAAAUUUGGGAAAGCUCUAAUACAGUGAAAUUGAGCGUCGAAGAAAGCCUUGAGACUAGAAAUUCGACGGCAUGCUGAUUCCACUGUAAGAUAUGCUACCGCUAUAAAAGCAUGCUUUUUUUUCUUGAAGCAUGUAGAGGUUGCAACCUUUGACAGCGCAUAUCUAAUCUUUCAGGCUAUAUAAACAUUUGGUGUUUCUAUAUGAAGAUAUAUAGAUGUUAAAACUGCCUCCUAUUUGCUAAACCAACUGCCACUUUGAAUGAAUCACUGCUCUGAAUUUAGCAAAGGACAAGGAUCAAGCAAUACUUCAUAUGACGUUUGCCACAUUGUCGUGUUUUGUUUUGCGUUGAUUUAUCACUACAGUGCCAUAGCACAUUCCAAGUUCGGUUGGCCAUGCAAUGUAGUUUCCCAGUCCUUUACUCUGCUGUGUAGCUUACUCAUACUGUGUUUUCCCGGUCUUUCUUUAUUGUCUUCACUGUUAAAGCGAAAGCCUUACAUGCUUCCUCAAACGUAAAAAUUGACUGACUGUGUCCCGCACCGGCAUCGUCAACAUGGGACACAAGAAGUUAUCUUCUAGCGCUCAUGAUGCAUUGAUAUCGAAAAUUGACUUUAACUUGCGCAAGUAUUUUACAGCAUUUCGGUGCAACCUCUCUUACACCAUCACCCUAGCAAACGUCUAUUGCUGGCGCUGAAGUCUCUGUUCCAUGAAACGGAUAUGUGCUUUGUAUUUUUCAAGCUGUGAGGAGCUGCAUGUAGCUCCGCCUGUUUGGAAUAUCAUCUCUAGACUUUUGGUAAUCUCAGUGCCUGUAUAACAAAAACGGUGAGCGUUUCACUCAUCGGGCUUCUCUAUUACUUACUGGCAUGGAACGAGAAAGAGGCGGCCAGUAUGCUCACCUUCAUUGAAUGCGUCAUUAUCCAUUGUAGCUAUGUCAAAAGUUCUUAUGCACAGUGUCAAUGCAGCCACAGUAUCCAGCUCAGCUAAUGCUUCCCGUCAGCGCUUGGUAGGCGGGCGAGCUCUGCAUCUUUUUGCACUAUAAAAAUACGCCAUGAGCCCGUGAAAAAUCCUCGGCAUAGCAUCGGCAAAGGUUCGGGGACGUCGCGUGUUGACAUCACAACACCUUGAUUAGCCACUGGUCCAUGCGAACGAUGUCGCUCUCAUUGAAGUGCUUUUCGCACACGCACACAUUCUGGGAAUCAAAUGUCAAACCACCGGUGUCUUGUCGCGGCAUUGUGCACUUUCACUUUUCCUGUCGUUCACUGCAUGCAGGCAGCGAGAACUUAGAGACUUUAUCGUCAUUUGUUUUGUAAUUGGAUCGACAACCAGGUACACGGCAGGUAUACGGCAUCCUUCCCAAUCUUUAGGCGCAACACACUAGGCUCAAUAGUAAUCAUAUGUUGAACACAGCGAUAUGACACGUGACGGUAUUAUGCAUUGACCCCAUAGCAGCACCAGUAGCUAGCUUCCCUCUGCCCUGCGUGGUGAAGCAGCGCCGCCCUGUGGCCUCCGCUCGCAGCGCACAAAUCUCUCCCACAGAGUUACGAUGAAGCUUCACAACCAAUACAAGCAUUGAAGGACUCUGCUAUUAUUGAUGUGUCUCAUGUCUUAUAGUUGGUCCUGUUGACUUUUGUCUAAAUAUGUGCUGUAGAGAGUCAGAGAAGAGCAUUCAUUAAAAUGCUCCAAAUUGUCCUUAGAUAUGAUGCUAUGAAAUGAACAAAAAACUAUUUUUAAAAGAAAGUGAUAUUGGUUUAAAACCUGCUUGGCUAUUGUUUUCUUUUUUGUUUAUAAAGCAAAUUAAUGUCUGCGUGAAAGCAAAAAAAAAAGAAGAGAUCAAGAAUUUUUUGUUCUUUCCUCUGGCUUGGAAGUGCUAGCCACAGCAGUUGUAUGAAAUCCUGCCUGCACAAAUGCCACCCAUCUGAGUUUCUACUCGCAGUAUUUUUUGGGAAUGCUAUUGUUCUUAUAUUUAUACACUUGUCGUAAUUACUACUUAAUAAGUGUCUGCAGAUGUAUUGUGUGUCAUUAGGCAACUUGUGGUACGAGAAAAGCACUCCUGGCACCAGCUGGCCCAGGCCCCGUGCCAGACGCAUCUUCUUUCUCACAUUGCCGUCCCAGUGAAGAAACAAGGCAAAGCAUCGUCUCGACUGUUUAUUCAAAAGUUUGCGCACAUGCUAAAAGUUAAAUGUUUUAGUUUUAUUAAGCUCGCCUGAAUUGCUAAUUAAUUUUGGCUGCUUAUAUUGCUUUGUAUUUUGCACUUUUUGUGUAGUAGCUGUUCUCGUGUAUGUAUAUGUGAGUUUGCAUUAUUUACUGAGCUUAUUGGGUGAAACAGUGCAAAAAGUCUUAACUGGCACAACAGUCUUCUAUGAAACGAUUCUAUUCCUGGCACUUUUCAGCUUCUAGGGGUCUGUUCAGCAGCUAGUGUUCGGACUGCAGUUCUCAUACAGCCUCAUGUUUCAAGCGUGUACAGAAAAUUUACUGUUAUAGCCUCGUAAAUAUACAAUGUUUCCCAUUGUUAUUGUACUUUGUUUAUUCUGUUUCUUUAUUUGCUUUCUGUGAAAGCUUUGUAUGCUAGAAACCUGUAAGAAAUGAAAUAUGUGCAUAUUGUACAUUACACUUUACACGUGUUUGCUAUAAUUUGGAGCAUUUAGUCUCGCUUUGUGUACAAUGUAUAUGUACUGAAUUGCUGCAAAAUUUGUUAUCGUGAAGCCAUGAACACCUAUGUUCCCUGUGUUCACUAGUUACAUUACCCACAAUAAAAGUGAAAGCAGUUGA